AUGCCAUCUAAUAUACAAUAUAACACGCCAAUGCCACUUUAUUCACGUGAAGCUGCAGAAGAGCAAUAUAAACAGCAAGUUGGCGCAGGACCAGAUCAUGCACUUGGCGCAAAUGACCGACAUUUUAAUCCUGAAGUUUCAGAAACAUUAAAAGUAAUAAGAGCUGGUGAAAAUGAUACAUUUGGCCAACAUUUCAAUGAGUUAAUAGCACAAGCGGAAAUCCCACACAUACCACCAUCACAGGAACCAUAUUGGGCUCAUGCAGCACGUAGUCGAAGUGAACGAGCUCGUUCAAUAACACCUUCUGCUACAAAACCAUAUUAUGCACCUCAAUAUUCCACUUUACAACAUCCAAAAAAACGAAAUGAAGAAAGAUCAAUAAGACGAGGAUAUGAAUUUGGUGGAUUAGAUUAUGUUGAUCGAUCACGAUUAUCAUCAUAUAAUUCAUCAUACAUUUAUCAUAAUGAUAAUGAUGAUACAAGGAGAUAUCAUAAUGAGCAUAAGACAAUAAUACCUGGAUAUGAAAUGGGUGGUAUGGAUUUUCGAAAAGGUGAAAUAAGCACAAAUGGUUCAUACCAUGGACAUGGACCAGAACAACGUCGUUUACAUUCAAAAUUUGAUCAUACUUUGUUGAAACGUGAUGAGAUGAAUAUUGAAAUAGCACCAAAUGUUGAUCAUGUAUCAGCUGAUGUCUUAAUUGGUGAUACACGAUCUAAUCAACAUCUUACUAAAAAUGAACAACCUGAUCAUCAUUUUGGUACAUCAUUUGGACCAACAGCUGGUUUCAUUCGUCAACAUCGUACUGUUAAUCGUCAAGAAGAAAUCACUAGACCAACAACAUUUAGUUUAUCAGCUAAAGUAGAUGAUCAUUUACCAUAUCGGAGAAAUGAUAACAACAAAAUAAAUGAUAGCUGUUCAAUUUCACCAACAUAUCAUCAUCGAACAUUUCAGCCAUCAACAAAUUUUACUGGUUAUACAUCACAAACAGUUACGAAUUAUUCAACAAAUGAUAUUAUUGGUAAUAAAAAUGUUGAUAUUGAUAGAGAUAAUAUAUCAUUUCAAAAGAUAGAACAACAACAACAACAACAACAACAACAGCAAUCAUGGAUUCGAUCACAUAAUACAGUACCAGCAGAAAGAUACGAAUGGGCAAAUGAGAAUGCUGAGAAAGAGGUGACAAUUGAGACAUUAUUGAACGAUAAAGCGCUGAUUGCACAAAAAAAAUUGAUGACCCCAGAAUGGCAAUCAAGAUCUUUCGAAAAGCAUAAACAUUGGAAGAACAGGUCGGACCCUCGCUUUACCCGCUCCCAGAUGUAUGAUUAUGAACCUAUGUGGACACGUAUUGUGAAUGAUCGACGUAAUAUUUGGGAAAAAAAAGCAAGAAAUACUGAUGCUCGUCUGCAAAUACCACCUUCUUCGAAAAUUCCACCACAACAACCACCACACUGGUAUAAUAGAGCUAACCAGACUCAUGCAUUAUGGCAAAAUGAAGCUGAUCGACAGAAUCGUGAAGAUGGUAAAUAUGAUGGCGGUAAUAAUUAUACGAAUUAUCAUCGAGAACAACACAAGUAUGAUAAAUCAACAAUUAAUGAUUAUGAUAGUUUCAUAUCACAAACACAUUAUACAACACAUACGGAUAACGGUGAUAACGGUACCAAAAGUGCACAACAGAAUCAUACACAAUAUCAUACUUCCUAUUUAAACAAUCAACAACAACAACAAUAUAUAUUAGAGCAUGGAAUACCAGUUAAACAGAGUACACAUUUAACUUAUGCCCCUGUAUCUAUUGGAUCACCACAUCCGAUAUCCUCCAGUACUCAGCAACAAUCAUCCACAUGGCAAUCACAAAGUGGCAGUUCACGUUAUGAAGAAAAAUUGCAUGAGUAUUCAACGGAAAGAUUGAUAAAUAAUCAACCAAUCACAUUACCGGUAACAAAUGCAGUCGACAGGUAUGCUAUUGAGAAACCAAAUUAUCAACGAAAAACACAGCAUGAAACUGCUGCACCAUAUAAUUCAAUUGUAUCUGUUAUGCAAGGUAGUGGUGAUUUCAAUCGACGUGUUGAAAUGUCUGAGGUAUUACCUCGAGGUACAGUAGCAAAUACGGAAGCAAGUUUAGAAGGUAAUUACGUGGAUAAGGAUGGUCAACCUGUAACGUAUAAGCGUGAAAUUGUGACAAGCGUUAAUCCGAAUAGUGAAAGUACGCUGCUUAAAGAAGAAGAAAGGCGUAUUGUUGAGACACCACUUGAACCUGGUGUCAUUUCCAGACAUGUAACCACAAAAUAUUAUAAAAAGAAAACUGUAACCGAUACGACAACGACAAAUACCACCGUUCAUUGA